CAACAUUACUCAUCUUGGGCGGAAGCUAUACUCGAACGAGUCUUGCAUGUCGUCUUCCUUGCAUUACAUCACAUUCACUGCAUUGCAUUAGUUAGUUACAAGAGUGGAGAACCAUGCGAUCUUAGCCCCCCACCUUUCCCGUCCCUCAUCCGAUUCUUGAAAAUACGAUUGCGCCGACCAAAACCCAGCAACCCAGCAACCUCACACUGGUCUGUGAAGCGUUACACCUUUGAUGGGAUACACUUGACGCCAAGAGUAAAUACAACCGAAUAAGUACCGAGGUUAGGAGUCGGGGAAGUAGACUGGGUGGGUGUGACGUGAUAAGAAACCUCACGCGAGGUACUGUCUAAGAGAAGGGCGUGACCAAUUCUGAAAAUCGCAUUCAGAAAAUCGAAGCCAGAAACUUGAGAAAGAAAUCAUGUUUUACCGACCAGGAAAAGACGACCAUGGCCUUCCUCACGAUCCGUUCAAGGCCUGCGUGGUACCCCGCCCCAUAGGAUGGAUAUCGACCCUCUCCCCCACCGGCCACGCAAACCUAGCCCCCUACUCCCAAUUCAACAACCUAACCUUCGACCCGCCUUACGUAAUGUUCUCCGCCAACCAAACCCUCUCCCAGCAGCAAAAAGACACAGUCAAAAACGUCGAAGCCACAGGCGUCUUCUGCUGGAACCUGGCUACGUACGAGUUGCGCGAAGCCGUCAACAUAAGCGCCGAGCCAGUGCCGUACGGCGUGGAUGAGUUUGAGCGCGCGGGGCUGGAGAAGGAAGACAGUACGAUGUGUAGUGUGGAUGUGAAGACUAGUGGUGGGGGUAAGGGAAAGGUGGAGAAGAGGAGGGUGCCUAUGGUGAAAAAGAGUCCUGUGCGGUUUGAGUGCGAGUAUUACACUACGCUGCGACUUCCUGGUAAUCCGCCCAUGGGCACUGUUGACGUCGUUGUCGCCAAAGUCGUCGGCAUACAUAUCGACGAGCGGGUGUUGACGGAUGGGAAGGUAGAUGUUGCGAAGACGGAGCCUAUUGCGCGGUGUGGGUACUACAGCUAUGCGGUUGUGAGGGAGACGUUCGAUAUGCAGGUCCCAGGGGACGACAAGACUGUUCUUGUUGGCUUGGAGGGCAGUACGAAGUUGCACCGGGGUAUCCAGGAGGAGUUGGCUGAAGAAGGGUAAGGAGUGCGAUAGAUAUUCCUGAAUGCUACCUGCUGCAG